AGCCCAGCAGGUGGAAGGGAACCCCGUGCUGAAAACCCUCCUAUGAAGGACAGAUGGCAAACAUCACCCCUGCAAAGCUGGACAACAUGGAGGUGCAGCAGCCCCCACCGCAGAACAACAACCCGCGAUGGGAAUCCACGGACCACCACCACCGGCCCUGGGAUGAGGCCACGGCCACGGCCAAGCUCUUUGAAUGUUCACGGAUCAAAGCGUUGGCUGAUGAACGAGAGGCCGUGCAAAAGAAGACCUUUACCAAAUGGGUGAAUUCGCAUUUGGCCCUUGUCUCCUGCCGGAUCAGUGACCUCUACACAGAUCUGCGGGACGGCUGCAUGCUGACGAAACUGCUGGAAGUACUCUCUGGGGAGCAGCUGCCCAAACCAACCCGGGGCCGGAUGCGAAUUCACUCCCUGGAGAACGUGGACAAGGCCUUGCAGUUCCUGAAGGAGCAGAGAGUCCACCUGGAGAACGUGGGAUCCCACGACAUUGUGGACGGGAACCACCGCCUGACUCUGGGCCUCAUCUGGACCAUCAUUCUCCGAUUCCAGAUCCAGGUGAUCAAGAUAGAGACAGAGGACAACCGGGAGACCCGCUCCGCCAAGGAUGCUCUGCUUCUCUGGUGCCAAAUGAAGACUGCUGGGUACCCUGAGGUCAAUAUCCAGAACUUCACCACCAGCUGGAGAGACGGGCUGGCCUUUAAUGCUCUCAUCCACAGGCACAGGCCGGACAUCAUUGACUUCAAGAGACUCACCAAAUCGAACGCUGCCUACAACCUCCAGCAAGCCUUCAAUACAGCUGAGCAGCAGCUGGGCCUGGCCAAACUGCUUGACCCGGAAGAUGUCCUCAUGGAGCACCCCGAUGAGAAGUCAAUCCUCACCUACGUGGUCUCCUUCUACCACUACUUCUCCAAGAUGAAGGCUCUGGCAGUGGAGGGGAAGCGGAUUGGCAAGGUGCUGGAUCAGGUGCUGGAGAUUGAGAAGAUCAUUGAGCGCUACGAGAGGCUGGCUGGUGAGCUGCUGGAGUGGAUUGAGCUCACCGUCAGUGCCAUCAGCAACCAGAAGUUUGCCAACUCCCUGGCCGGAGUCCAGCAGCAGCUGCAGUCCUUCACCGCCUUUUGCACCCUGGAGAAACCCGUCCGGUUUCAGGAGAAAGGGAACCUGGAGGUCUUGCUCUUCUCCAUCCAGAGCAAGCUGCGAGCCAACAACCGCAAGCUCUACGUCCCGCGAGAGGGAAGGAGCAUCUCGGACAUCAACAAGGCCUGGGCCAGACUGGAGAAGGCGGAGCACGAGCGGGAGGUGGCCCUGCGCAACGAGCUGAUCCGGCAGGAGAAGUUGGAGCUGCUGGCCCAGCGCUUUGACCACAAGGCCGCCAUGCGGGAGACCUGGCUGAACGAGAACCAGCGGCUGGUCUCCCAGGACAACUUUGGCUACGACCUGCCGGCGGUGGAGGCGGCCAUGAAGAAGCACGAGGCCAUCGAGGCCGACAUCUCGUCCUACCAGGAGCGUAUCCAGGUGGUGGUGGAGCUGGCGCAGGAGAUGGAGGCGGAGGGCUACUACGACGGCAAGCGCAUCGGGGCCCAGAAGGACAACAUCCUGCGGCAGUGGGGGCUCCUGAUGGAGCUGGUCAGUGCCCGCCGGGCGCGGCUCGAGCAGAACAUGGCCCUGCAGAAGAUCUUCCAGGAGAUGGUCUACAUGAUCGACUGGAUGGACGAGAUGCAGGCCCAGCUGGGCUCCAAGGAGUCUGGGAAACAUCUGCUGGAGGUGGAGGACCUGCUGCAGAAGCACAGCCUCUUGGAGGCCGACGUCUCGGCACAGACGGAGCGGGUGCAGGCCCUCAAUGCCGCUGCCCUCAAGUUCUCAGAGUUGGAAGGCUACCAGCCCUGCGACCCACAGAUCAUCCGCAAUCGGGUGCACCACGUGCAGAGCUGCCUGGAGCAGCUGCAGGAGCUGGCCAGGAAGCGGCACAAGGAGCUGGAGGCCUCCCGCCAGCUGUGGACCUUCUUCCAGGAGAUGGAGGAGGCGGAGGCCUGGGUGCGGGAGAAGGAGAGCAUCCUGUCCUCGGCCCAGAGCUACGGGAAGGACCUGAGCAGUGUGGCCAAGCUGCUCAGCAAGCACAGCAUCUUCCGGGGGGAGCUGGGCGGGCGGCGCUCCCUGCUGCAGAGCACCAUGAAGCGGGGGGAGCAGAUCCUGCUGCGGAAGCGCCUGGGCCCCCCCGGCCCUGUCGUCAUCCAGGAGAAGAUCCGGGAGGUGCGGCUGCGCUGGAAGCAGCUGGAGGAGUUGGCGGGCACCCACCUGCAGCGGCUGCAGGAGGCCUCCAGCUUCUACCAGUUCAGCGCCGAGACGGACGACCUGGUGGCCUGGCUGCAGGACGCCUACCGCCUGGUAUCCAGCGACGACUUCGGCCACGACGAGUAUUCCACUCAGUCGCUGGUCAAGAAGCACAAAGGGGUGGUGGAGGAGAUUGACCAGCACCGGGGGGCUGUCCAGGCCCUGCGGCAGCAGCUGGCCUCCCUGGCCCCUGACUACCAUGAGCUGGUGGACGUGCAGAUCCGCAUCGUGGAGGUGGAGCAGCUCUACGGGGAGGUGGUGGAGGUGGCCGUGCUGCGGCGCCAGUGGCUGCAGGACGCCCUGGCCGUCUACCGCAUGUUUGGCGAGGUCAACGCCUGCGAGGUGUGGAUCGACGAGAAGGAGCAGUGGCUGGCCCGCCUGGAGGUGCCCCAGCGGCUGGAGGAUGUCGAGGUGGUCCAGCACAGGUUUGAGAGCCUCGACCAGGAGAUGAACAGCUUGAUGGGCCGGAUCCUGGAUGUCAACCAGGUUGUGCAGCAGCUGGUUGACGGGGGCCACCCGAGCGCCUCUGAAGUGAGGUCCUGCCAGGACCACUUGAACAGCAGGUGGAAUCACGUGGUGGAGCUGGUGGAGCAGAAGAAGGACCUGCUCAGCUCUGUCCUGAAGAUCCAGAACUACCUGCUGGAGUGCAGCGAGAUCAAGUCCCAGAUCCACGAGAAGCGCAAGGCUGUGGAGUCCACCCAGUACAACAGCAGCGACUUGGGCAGCGUCCUGUCCCUCCAGCGCCGCCUCUCCACUAUGGAGGCCGCCCUGGUGGUCCUGGAGCCCCGGCUGGUGGAGCUGCAGCAGGAGGGGGAGCUGCUGGCCCAUUCCCACCCUGCCCAGGCUGUGGAGCUGCUGGUGCACUUCGAGGAGAUCAGCGAGGAGUGGGAGGCCCUCACGAGGACCCUGCACGGCUGGGAGGACUCCCUCACGGUGGCCAGCAGGCUGCAGCAGUUCAUUCAGGACCUGGAUGGCUUCCUGACGUGGCUGGUGAAGACCCAGGCUGCCGUGGCCACGGAGGAGCUGCCCCGGGAGCUGGGGGAGGCGGAGCGGCUGCUGAACCAGCAUGCCUCCCUGAAGGAGGAGAUCAACCGCUACGAGGAGGACUAUGCCAAGAUCCAGGCUGUCAACGAGGUGCUGGCCCUGGAGGAGGCCGACUUGCCUUACCUCUCCCUCCAGCAGUGGUUGCAGAAGCUGGACGUCGGCUGGAACAAGCUGCUGGAGAUGUGGGAGGCCCGGCGGGAGGUGCUGGUCCAGGCCCACAUCUUCUUCCUCUUCCUGCGCGACGCCAAACAGGCCGAGAUCUGCCUCUACAACCAGGAAAGCACCCUGGCCCAGAGGGAGCUGCCCACCACCGUGGGAGGUGUGGAGAAGGCCAUGAAGAGGCACCGGGACUUCAUGACCACCAUGGGCCUCCACCUGCAGAAGACCACCACGGCUCUCAAGGCCGGAGAGAGCCUGAUCCGCCAAGGCAACAUCUAUGCCGACCGCGUGAAGCAGAAGAUGGAGUCCCUCCAGGCAAAGAGCCAGCAGAACCUGCAGAUGGGGCAGGAGUGGACGGAGCGACUGCAGGGCCACCUGGGGCUGCAGCACUUCUUGCAGAACUGCCACGAGCUGGAUGGCUGGGUGGCCGAGAAGAAGAUGCUGAUGGCCGGCGAGGCGCCCCGCCGCCCCCCUCCCCCCCAGGCGCUGCAGCAGCAGCAGCAGCAGCAACGAGCGCCCAAGCGCUGGCUCCGCCACCGGGCCUUCAUGGCUGAGCUGGUCCAGAACAAGGAGUGGCUGCGCAAGAUCGAGAAGGAGGGACAGCAGCUCAUGGAAGAGAAGCCUGAGCUGGCCGAGACGGUGAAGCAGCAGCUGGGGGAGAUCCGGCAGUGCUGGGCCGAGCUGGAGUCCGCCACACAGGCCAAAGCCCAGCAGCUCCUGGAGGCCACGAAAGCCGACCACCUGGUGCAGAACUACGUGGACCUGGACAAGAGGCUGCUGCACCUGGAGAGCCAGCUGCGGGGGGUGGAGGCGGGGCCAGACCUGGCCAGUGUCAACAGCACCCUGAAGAAGCUGCAGAGCAUGGAAACGCAGGUGGAGGCGUGGUGCCAGGAGGCAGGAGAGCUGCAGGCCCAGGUGGCCGCCCUGCCCUCAGAGGUGGCCAGCCAGGAGGCGGUGGGGGAGAGGCAGAACGCGGUGGGGACCCGCAUCGUGCGCCUCAUCGAGCCCCUGAAGGAACGCCGGCGGAUCCUGCUGGCCGCCAAGGAGGUGCACCAAGUCAGCCACGACCUGGAGGAUGAGAUCGGCUGGGUGCAAGACCGCCUCCCACUGGCCCUGCUGAAAGAUCAUGGCAGCAACCUGCAAACCGUUCAGCAGUUCAUCAAGAAGAACCAGAACCUGCGCCGGGAGAUCCAAGUGCACAAGCCCCGCAUGGACGAUGUGCUGGAGCGGGCCGGCUCCAUCGCCACCAUCAGGAGCCCGGAGCUGGACUCGGUGCGGGCCCUGCUGGAGAAGCUCUCGGAGCUGUGGGGGGCCCUCCUGGAGGGGGUAGAGCAGCGGCAGCAGCUUCUGGACGCCACCUACCAGGUGCAGCAGUACUGCUUCGAUGUGGCCGAGGUGGAGGCCUGGCUGAGCGAGCAGGAGCUCUUCAUGAUGAGCGAGGAGAAGGGCAAGGAUGAACAGAGCACCCUGCAGCUCUUGAAGAAGCACCUAGUGACGGAGCAGACUGUGGAGAACUAUGCUGAGACUAUUGCCCAGCUAUCGCGGCAAUGCCGGGCACUUCUGGAGCUGGGCCACCCGGACAGUGAGCAGAUCAGCCGGCGACAGUCGCAGGUGGACCGGCUCUAUGUCUCGCUGAAGGACCUGGUGGAGGAGCGCAAGGCCCAGCUGGAGCAGCAGUACUGGCUCUACCAGCUCAGCCGGGAGGUGGACGAACUGGAGCACUGGAUUGCCGAGAAGGAGGUGGUGGCCGGCUCGCCGGAGUUGGGCCAGGACUACGAACAUGUGACGUUGCUGCAGGAGAAGUUCACGGAGUUUGCGAGCGAGACGGGCAGCAUUGGCAAUGAGAGGAUCUCCGCCGUCAACCAGAUGGUGGACGAACUGAUCGACUACGGCCACGCAGAUGCUGCCACCAUUGCCGAGUGGAAGGAUGGUGUGAACGAGGCCUGGGCCGACCUCCUGGAGCUGAUGGAGACCCGGGCCCAGCUGUUGGCCGCUUCCCAUGAGCUGCACAAGUUCUUCAACGACUGCAAGGAGGUCCUUUCGCAGAUUGAGGAGAAGAAGCAGCGCCUGCCAGAGGUGGCGGCUCGGGAGUCCAAGGCCUCCGCUGGCACCUUGCAGCGCAUGCUCAGCUCCUUUGAGCAUGAUGUGCAGGUGCUCGUGACACAGGUGCGGCAGCUGCAGGAGGUUGCAGCCCAGCUGCGGACAGUGUAUGCGGGGGAGAACGCCGAGGCCAUUGCCACCAAGGAGCAGGAAGUGAUGCGCUCCUGGAGGGAGCUGCUGACCUCGUGCGAAGACUGCCGGCUGCAGAUCACCACCACCACUGACAAGAUCCGCUUCACCAGCAUGGUGCGGGACCUCCUCUCCUGGAUGGAAACCAUCAUCUGCCAGAUCGGCACUGGCGAGAAGCCCCGAGAUGUCUCCUCUGUUGAAGUCUUGAUGAACUACCACCAGGGCCUGAAGAGCGAGAUCGAGACCCGCAACAAGAACAUGGCUGCCUGCGCAGAGCUGGGCAAGGUGCUGGUGCUUAACAAGAGCCCCGCAGCAGAGGAGAUCAAACUUCACCUGGAGAAGCUGAUGACCAAGAAGAAAGAGAUGAUUGACAAGUGGGACCGGCACUGGGAAUGGCUGCAGCAGAUGCUGGAGGUGCAUCAGUUUGCCCAGGAGGCUGUGGUGGCCGACGCCUGGCUCACUGCCCAGGAGCCGCUGCUGAAGAGCCGGGAGCUGGGGAACAGCGUGGACGAGGUGGAGCAGCUCAUCCGGCGCCACGAGGCCUUCCGCAAAGCGGCUGCAGCUUGGGAGGAGCGCUUCAGCUCCCUGCGCCGUCUCACCACGAUUGAGAAGCUGAAGGCAGAGCAGAGCAAGCAGCCCCCCACCCCGCUGCUGGGCCGCAAGAUCUUUGCAGACCCCUUGGAGUUGAGUGCCAAGCAGCGGCAGCCGCUCUACGAGAAGGACCCACUGAGAGGCCGGCUGGAAGCCCCUCCCCUCCUCAAUGGAGCCCAGGCUGAGGCCCUGGAGCAGGCGGAGGCCAAAGUGGCUUACGUGCGCCAGGAACUGAAGCCGGAGCGGCUGCAGCCCAGGAUGGACCGCUUGCAAGAAGGGUUGGUGGCAGCCGCCGAGGCCAAAGCCCUGGACAAAGCUGGGCCCGUGCAGGCAGCCGCAGAGGAGGCCCUCAAGUCCGAGAGGUUGUCUCCUGCCGCCCGGGCCCGCGCCCAUCAGGUGGAGGCCAAGGGCAGCCCCCGCGGGGAGGCGCAGGCCGAGAGGCAGCGGGAGCGCCAGGAGCGCCGGCUGGAGCGGCAGCAGUCCACGGAGCAGCAGGACGGGCCCCGGCCCGAGCCAACAACGACGGAGCGACGGAGGGAAAGACGGGAGCGGAGGCUGGAGCGGCAGGAGUCCAGCGAGCAGGAGACGCCUCGUCGGGAGAGGCCGGAGAAGCGCUUGGAGCGGCAGGAGUCCAGCGAGCAGGAGGGGCCCCGAGGGGGCGGCAAGGCGACACUGGCUGACAUCGUGGAGCAGCUGCAGGAAAAAGAGUCGAUGGCUCCAGCAGCAGCGUCUACACCUCGUGAGAAGGACUCCCCCGCCAAUGGCCUCGACGUGCUACCUGACCGGACGCCCCGCCCCGACCGACCCCGCGCUCGGGACAGGCCCAAGCCCCGCCGGCGGCCCCGGCCCAGGGACCCCAACGCUCCUCCGGGGGAGGCCCGUCGGUCACGCUCCGCUCCUGCCCAGAGCAGCGCCCCGCCCCCACCUCCCCCCACGCACACCGCCCAGCAGGAGGGGUACCUGCUGCGCAAGCACGAGCUGGAGGGGCCCAACAAGAAGGCCUCCAACAGGUCCUGGAUCAACCUCUACUGCGUGCUCAGCAAAGGGGAGCUGGGCUUCUACAAGGAUUCCAAGGGGCGGGACUCGGGAAGCACCCAUGGCAACGAGCCCCUCCUCAGUUUGCUCAACGCCACCAGCGAGGUGGCCAGCGACUACAAGAAGAAGAAGAACGUCCUCAAGAUCAAGAUGCAGGACGGAGGAGAAUUCCUCUUGCAAGCCAAGGAAGAGGAGGAGAUGAAGGCCUGGCUGGAGGCCCUUUCCACAGCCAUUUCUGAGCACACGGAGAUUGCCCGGUGGGGCCAGGCCCUGCUCACCACCUCCUCGACCGACGAAGGCAACCCCAAGCGAGAGGGGGACCGCCGAGCCAGCACCUCUGGCCGGAAGAAGUGA